AUGUCCGGGAACCACAUCAUCGGGAACCGAAACAGCACCCCUGAAGCGAACUCGGCGUCUUCCUUGCGACCUCCUUCUUCCAGGGCUGUAGGCUCUGCCAGCUCUCUUCGCGCAUCUGCCGACAUGAGUUCCAUCUCUGGGCCAGCUCCAUCCAGUCGUAUUAGACCAUCGUCAGACUUUUAUGGCCAGUCGCAGCAGUCUCAUGGUCAAGGAUCUUUCGAUACCGAUUCGCAGGAUAAGAUUGCUCAGCAGUGGAUUGCCGAUAUCGAUCAAUAUGAAACGACUCUAGAAGAAAUGGCUGCUGCAACGCUGGACCAGGACUUUAAGGAUGAGCUCAGUGCUAUCGAGCAGUGGUUUCGUGUCUUGAGCGAGGCCGAACGAACUGCUGCUCUUUAUGCCCUGCUUCAGCAAACAACUCAGGUCCAGAUUCGUUUCUUCAUUCAGGUUUUGCAGCAAAUGGGCAAAAACCAUCCCAUGUCCGGCGUGCUCUCUCCCGCUACCUUUGAUAAAGAUCCCAUGUCUAAUCGACUCAGCGAUGCGAUGAACAAGCUUUCGGUCGAUUCAUCCCGAAACUCUUUCACCCGCGCCGCUGCUAGCACGACGGCUCCAGGCAAGCGCCACUCUGUCUUAGAUUCCUCGACGAUCAAUGCCAUGUUUCCAGAUGCUGCGGCCGCCAUUGCUACUGAAAAGGCUAAAUUCACCCAGCAAACUGGAAACCCGCCGUCAUCCAACAGGAAUAGCGCAGCUGUUGAUCCACGAUCGUCGCUGGGUGCUCUCCAAGACUCUCGCGAAGCAGCUGGAUCGGGGGUCUCCCCAUGGGGCUCGGACCCGAACAACGCCAAAGCCUCUGCUUCCCAAACUGCCAUGGGCCAAUUCGCGCAGCCUGUGUCGUCAGGAGGCUUGCGAUCACCGCUACCUCAACUCGGAAAUAACGCCACUAUUCAGAACACCACGCUCGCUGCACCCGAAAAGAAUCCGUCUGACCUCCCGAUGCUUUCCCCUUAUAACGGUGGAGGCAGCGGGAACUGGGCAUCCAUGGUUAAUACGCCAAUGACAUCCACCUUCAACACCAACCAGCAGCCGGGCUCACAGGCUGAUAUGGUUGCAAAUGCGACUGCAAUGAAAUUGGCUGCCCUCUCCACCGUAAACAAUCGCUUUGCUCUUGAUGACGCUCGCAAAUACCGAAGAGCUCGUUCGAACGAUGCGCCCGGAAGCAACCAAAUAUCGUCGGCCCCUGCUCAUGCUCACAGCCUUAACAUUCCCGGUGCCAACGUCGUUAUGAUCAAUGAGCAUGGUCAAGUCUUAAGCCGAGAGCAGAUUCUCGCAUUGCAAUCUCAGCAGGGGCUCGGGCUCGGCAAUCGCGCGCGACCCAGCUCCCCUGGUCUUUCCAUGCAGCAGCCUAUGGGACAAAUGGCACAGUUUGCCUCGCCUCAGCACAAUGGCUUUUUGAGCGCAUAUGACGGUUCUGGUGUCAUGGCCAGUAGUAUUCCUGCCGUGAAUCUGGGGCAAUUGGCUUUGGCUGGACAUGAGGGCUAUCUGUCAGACCACUCGGAUAUGGUGCGUGGACGAUCGCCCAGAGGCCGUAGAGGUAGCUCAAAGCCACCAGAGGAUCCUACGGACCCGACUCUGCUCCAGGAUAUUCCAAGCUGGCUUCGCAGCCUCCGCUUACACAAGUACACGGAUAAUCUCAAGGAUAUGAAAUGGACCGAUCUCAUUGAAUUGGAUGACAAGGCAUUGGAGGAUCGCGGAGUAAAUGCUCUCGGUGCUAGGAGGAAGAUGCUCAAGGUAUUCGAACAAGUCAAGGACGCCAAGGCUGAUGGACGCAUUGGUUAA